UGUAAAAAAUUGCUUGAAGGAUGGGGAAACAAGGCUUCUCUGCGGCGACACUGCCUCUGCUCGUGUUGGGCUCGCUUACCGUAUCCGUUUCCGCCGGUGACUCGGCCCUGUCGGCUCCUCUCAAUGUGACGAUAAGGGAGCUGGAGGCGAACACAGCCAUAGUCACAUGGGAGAUACUGGAGGGAGAUCCCGUCAUCGGAUUCGCCAUCACACAACAGAAGAAGGAUGUGCGUAUGCUGCGGUACAUCCAGGAAGUGAACACGACCAUGCGCUCCUGUGCAUUGUGGGACUUGGAGGAGGACACAGAGUACAUUGUUCAUGUCCAGAGCGUCAGCAUGGGAGGCAGCAGUCCUCCCAGUGACCCGGUCAGCUUCAGAACUCCCAGAGAGUCUGAGAAACUGGCCUCCACAGUACCAGACCAGGUCGACAGGGAGGAGAUGGAACAGGCAGUGCAGCUCAGAGUUGGAGAGCUCAUCAUCAUCGUAGUGGUGCUGGUCAUGUGGGCAGGUGUGAUCCUCCUGUUCUGUCGUCAGUAUGACAUCAUCAAAGACAACGAACCCAACAACAACAAGGACAAAGCCAAGACCUCGUCCGAAUGCAGUACGCCCGAACACCCACAAGGAGGCCUACUGCGUAGCAACCUCUGAAACCAGCCCCCACAGUCCACUCAGCUAUAUGGCAAUAACUC